AUGCUGUGCUCUGCGCGUUGCUCUUGUUUCCUGUGUCGAGAACUGCAAUCCUGCCGCGCAGCAGACGCGAGGAAACCACCGGCCAAACACAACAUGUCCGAUAAUUUUAUUCUCAAGAAAGCGGAGGCUUGGGAACCUAUCAAAUUCAUCCGCGGCGCCGCUCGACUGUCAGUCCGACAUUGGCAGAACAGGGAGCCUCAAGCGCAUCCCAAAACACGGAUCGUUGCACACAAGUCUACAAGUUGCGAGCAAUUGUAUCCAAAGACAGAGGAAGAACCAGGACCUUACCCAAUUAGAAGAGCUCCUAGUACAGACAGAAUCAAACCACACAUGGAACACAAACCGCUUUUUAAAAUGUUGGGGAACUCGCGUUCGAAGAAAGUUAAUACCAGUGAUGUUCCUGAUUCUAAGGUGCGCAGAAGUGUUCUUAAUUUUAGAAAAAGUGAAGGAUCACCUUCCAAAACUGUUCAUGAAAAAUAUAUGCCGUUGCCACAUGCUUCAUCUCAUAAUGAGCACGUUUACAAUGCACCCAAACCGUGGACGUCACAGUUCGAUGAAUGUUGCCGGCCACCAGUGUAUCAAAGUGUUGAAAAGAAAAAGGAUGAUAAAAAAGGGUCGGUGAGCGAAAAAAAGGCUUUCAGCAACAGACCACCGUGUUAUGAAGAGCUGGCUGAGAGACUGUCACAAGAAAAAAAUAAAAAAGUGAAACCACCCACUCGUGAUGGUGAAUUGGCUAAUAAAAUAACGCAAAACAAUAACAAAGUUGUCAUUUACUUUGGAGAUUCAAUCAUUCGUAAACACAGUGAACAGAAAAGAGAGGAGAGAGAAGCUAGAGAAAGAGAAGGUACGCCGUCAAAAGAAGAAGCUAUUUACGUUAACCGUCCUUCAGAAGAUACUGAAAAUUUGGAAACUAGUAGAGAAGAAGAUAAAGGCGGAACGCAAUUAAUAUCAGAGAUUGAAGUACCUGAGGCUAUUUAUUCUGAGAUCAAACCCGCUGAAGGUGCUGCAGAAAUUUCAGAAGUGCCAGCGAUAAAUGACACAACUUACAAAAAGGAUGUUUUCGAGACGCUGAGUCCUGAUGGAUUUCUGGUGGUAGAGUUUGAAGGGAACUUCGAACGAGCACGUCAGUUGGUGGAGCUGGUUCAUGGUGGAACUGGAGUCGAACGUCACGAGGCUACUAUGCUGGACGAUGAAGAUCAAUUCGAUUGGAGCUUCAUACAGGACUGGAGGAAACGACCCUCAAGCGGAUGCCGGCCUUCAGAAGACGCCGCGUGGAGUGGAGGAGUAGCAGGAUCCCCGGGAACUGGUGGAGUGGGGGGUGUUGGCGGUCCUGGGGGAGUUAGUGGUGGGGGUGCUGUUAACGGAGCGGGGGGUGCUCGUGCGCUGCGAGUGCGCGUAUCCGGGGGUGCAGCGCCCGCGCAUGCGAGACGUCUAUCCCCACCCCCAUCAGCACACCGCGCUACUACACCCCCACCACCUGCAGACCCACCUAAUAAACCAAACCACGAUGACCCGGCACUCCCACCAACCGACUCUCCGAGCACGGCUCAGCUCAAACCGGUUACGGCGGUCUCUCAUAUAACCGUCGCCAGCUCACCAGUUCGCAGUGCUCCAGCACAAAGCAGCUAUGCCCUGGAACGAAGAGCUCUGAAGCAUGACCAUCAUCAUCGAUCGAUGGAGUCCGUACCGCCUGUGCAGAAUGGAGUCCGAGAGUGCAACAGCAGUUCGGACGAGAACCGGUCCUCGGGGCACGCCUCGAUGUCGGACAGCGGCGGCGCCGACGCGGCUAGAGACGAGCCGCGGCGCUCCCGUCAGCCGCCACACGCGCGCACCAAGCACCGGCCACACAAUAAGUUACAGUCCCCGUGGCCUGGUGGUGGAGGUCUGGAGGACAUCAGAUCUGCCAUCAAGCAGUUGACUCUUCGCUCCAGGGACAGCAGCAGUACCGCUACAAGCGGAGCCUCCAGUGGCGGUGGAGGCAGCAAUACAGGAGCACCAGACGGUGGGAGUGCAGCAGAAGCGCGGAGAAGACGAGCGCCGUUGGUGCGGCAACCCUCGCUCGACACUGUCUGCACCAACGUCACCAGUGCUGACGAGUUCGUGUGGGUGGACUCGCACAACAGACUAGUAGAGCUGCGAUGCGUGCCGUGGACUGCGAGUGAAGUGAGCCGCGCGCUACAAAAUGGCCGAUGCCGGGAAAUUGCGGCCAAAAUGGCGCCGGACACUCCCCCGAGAUUAGCUUACUUAUUACAGAGGGCAUUGGUACGAAUCGCUCGCGAGGCGCAACGCUUGUCGCAGAACUUCGGCUUCUGCUCAAAGCACGAGGUGGCAGGCGCUUUCAAAAUUGUACUGAGCACGCCACUGGCUGACUCUUGCAUCAAAGGCUGCCAGCGCGCGGCGACGAUGUACGCGACGUCGGGCAGCGCGGCGCGGCGGCUGGGCUCGGCGGCGCGCGCGCGCACCAGCCUGGCGCCGGGCCGCUUCCAGCGCUGGAUGCUGGACGUGCGCGUCGCACCCUUCGUGCACGAAUACGCAGCUAUCUAUCUGUGCGCUGGCAUGGAAACUCUGCUGGAGGAAAUAGCCAUGAUCGCAGGCAGCAGCUCAGCCUCUGCCCCUAUUACGCCGGCUGUACUGGAUCAAGCGAUUGCCAACUGCGCUGAUCUGUGGGGACUUCUGCAGCCGUACAGCCAUCUCAACGCCGGCAGGGUCGCUUCAGGAGCGUUAUCUUUGUCUCAUUGGGAAUCCAUGAGUUCCCUUGGAUCCGGCUCUUCAUCAGGCGUGUCCAGACCGGAGAAUCAACAGCUUGGACUUAGUCAUGAUUCAGGAAUAACAACCAACGGUUCCGGAGGAUCGGGCACUAGUGGCGCGUCCGGGGCUAGCGGCGCUAGCGGCGCUAGCGGCGGCAGCUGCGGGGUGUCGGGCGCGUCGGGCGCGUCGGUGCUGCUGACGACGUGCGCGGGCUCGCCGGCCGAGCUGCGCGCCGUGCUGCGCCGCGUGCAGCCCGCGCUGCCGCCGCUCUCGCCCGCCGCCGAGCGCGCGCUCUACUACUACAUGCGAUGCUCUCAGCUGGAGCACUCGAGCGCGGGUGGGGCGUGCGCAGCGUGGGGAGCGUGGGGCGCGUGGGGCGCGGCGCUGUGGGGCGAGCGCGGCGCGGGCGCGCUGCCGCCGCUGGGCGAGUGGGCGCGCGCGGCGCGGGCCUUCGCCGGCCUGCGCGCGCCGCUCGCCGCCUGCGACGCCGACGACGUGCGCCAGGCCGCGCGCCUGCUGCUGCCGCACGCCGACUGCCCGCCGCGCCCCGUCACAGCAGAAGAGGAACUAGAGCCAUCAUGGUCCCGAUGCUCCCGUAACCCUGAGGAGUUGAGCCGGGCAGCGUUGUCCUUGGCACACCGCGCGCUGCUCACAGGAAGACCAGAACUGAUCGGAGGCGCCCGCGCGCUGUUACCACCGCAAGGACUGGAUGCACCUGAUAGCUCGGGACUUACCGUGCUGAUGAAGGCAGCGCUUGCUGGUGAUGAACAUGUGGUCGCUAUGCUGUUGGAAGCGGGCGCGGACCCCAACGUGGAGACGGUGGGCGCCGCCACGCAUCACUCUGCGCUACUCUCCCCGCGCUCCCCCGCGCACCCCUCGAACCCCCCGCACUCCCCACAGCCCAAUCCAUCCAGUGGAUACACGCCCCCUACUGCUGGCUGGACGGCGCUGGUGUACGCGUGCGGGCGCGCGGGCGGCGGCGCGCUGGAGGUGGCGCGGCGCCUGCUGGCGGCCGGCGCGCGCGUCGACGGCGCGCCCGCACGAGCUCCCGACCUCUGCACUCUCACGCCGCUGCAGGUAGCUUGUGGAGUCGGCAAUCUAGAACUAGUCCAGUUGUUGUUGUCGCACGGUGCAGACCCCUUCCUGUCCACGCAGCUCAAUGAUGCCUUGUGCUACUCUGCUGCUGCUCAGUAUGGAUGCUACAGCGCGGUGGCGGUGUGCUGCUCGCACGGGCGGCGCGCGUGCCUGCGCGCGGCGGUGCGCGGCGGCGCGCGGGGCGCGGGCGCCGUGCUGUCGCUGGAGGAGGUGCUGGCGGAGGGCGCGCCGCCCGCCGCGCGCCCGCCGCCCUUCACCAAGCAGCAGCAGCGCGCGCUGCACGACGCCAUGUACUACGCCGCCGAGACCGACCACUUGGAUAUAACAUUAGAGCUCCGUGCGCUAGGAGUGCCAUGGUCUCUGCACGCGUGGACCCUUUCCUUGGCAGCUGCUGCGGAGGCCUCCCUUGACCAUGUCAUAGACCAACUCCUACAAGACUUCUUGCAGGUAUGUCCAUCAGACGACAGCCACUACAGCAAGCAGUUCAUCUACGAGUGUCUCCCUCUGCUGUUUAAUAUCCUUCGGUACAGCAAAAAGGAGGGCACGGUGCUGUUGCUGGCGGACAUCCUGUGCGCGUGCUACGGCCGCGAGCCGGCGCCGCGCGUGCUCGAGCCGCCGCCCGCCGCGCCCGCGCCCGCGCGCGUCGACCCCUCCUACGUCAACAACCCCUCGCUCGCCGACGUCACUUUCCGGGUGGAGGGGCGGCUGUUCUACGGGCACAAGAUCGUGCUGGUGUCGGAGUCGCCGCGGCUGCGCGCCAUGCUGGCGCCGGCGCGCGCCGAGCCCGCCGCCGCCGCGCCGCCGCUCGUGCAGAUCAACGACAUACGCUACCACAUCUUCGAGCACGUGAUGCAGUACCUGUACAGCGGCGGGUGCGCGGGGCUGUCGGUGGCGGACGGCGACGUGCUGGAGCUGCUGGCCGCCGCCGCGUUCUUCCAGCUGCUGCCGCUGCAGCGCCACUGCGAGGCGCGCGCCGCCGCCGCCGUGGACCUGCACAACCUCGUCUCCGUCUACAUACACGCUAAGGUCUAUGGCGCGACGCAACUGCUGGAGUACUGUCAAGGUUUCCUACUCCAGAAUAUGGUUGCUUUACUUACGUACGACGACUCUGUCAAGAGGCUACUAUUUGGCAAGAGGCUGCCCGGCCACAAUGUAUUAGGAGCUCUCCUAACCACAUUACAAAAAAGGAUCGAAUCCAGGAAGAGUCAGUCAAAGAGUAGGUAG